UCGAUUUCCUGUUAGCUUCCGAAGCUCCAGCUAGGUAGCCUUAAACGUUGAAAACUUUUCUUAGAGCAGAUUAUCCUUCAUUCUGCAAAUUUCUAAUAUUCUUCUUAAAAAGCUCCAGCCACAAGACGCGACAAUAACCAGACGAAGGGCGAAGUUUGCGCGAAAGCUUAACAGCUGAGGAGGAUGUUGAAACAGCGGCUAACGAAGAGACGCUGGAGUUGUAAGAAAAAAAUUGCAGAGGAAAAAGAGAAAUUUGGUGGAUUAUAAGAAGAAACGAGUCAAAGUGCUGGAUGCUAUUUUCCCUUCUGAAGUUCGCUGUAACAGCAGACAUACAGCAGAUGAGUAACAAAGACGUUCUCCCUGAUCAGCAGGCAGAAAAUCCAUAUGUGGCCCCAAAGGACUCAGAGCCUCCAAAUAUUAAAGAGGAACAGGAGGAUCUGUGGAGUGAAGAUGAAGAAAAACCACAGUCUUUAGAAGGUCAUGGAGAGAACUGUGGAGGAUCACAACCAGCCAGAGACUCGAGUCCACGCCCUCAUUUACACCCACCUGCUGAUGACAUGCAGCCAUUGCUGUUGAUUAAAGAAGAAAUUCUCCCAGAACAGCAGGAGUGGAACCUGAAUGUGCACCAGGAGGACAUUAAAGAUGAAAAACAGAAACGGCCGGGACAGCAGCUUCACCAGAUGGAGAAGGCUGAUAUAGUUAAGAUGCCUUUCACUGCUGCUGUUCCUGUGAAAAGUGAAAAUGAUGAAAAACCACGGUCACGAGUUCAUCAAAGCCAAAGUGAUGACAGCAGAAAUGCUGAGCCUGUAGCCAGCAGCUCAAUGGUACACAGAACACUGACAGCACAAACUGACGGAGAGGACUAUGGAGGACUACAACGAGCCAGCACUUCAGAUUCAUAUUGUCGAUUACAUUCAGAUGCCAGUGGUCAAAGUUCAGACGGUUCUGAAACUGAUGACAGUUGCGAUUGGAAGCAGACAGGAGAACUUCAUUCAGGUUUCAAUUGUAAGAAAAAUUGCAGCGUCACUGUUCAUCAUAGUAGGGGCAACACUACAAAAACACAGUUUCAUUUAUCUGAAGAAGCAUGUGGUCAAAUGAACAAUUUACAGCAAAACACAGGAAAGAAAGCAAGCAAAACACCAUUUAGCUGUCCUGUGUGUGAAAAAAAAUUUGGACUCAAAGGUAGUCUGAUAACACAUGCAAGAACUCAUACAGGAGAGAAACCGUUUGGCUGUUCUGUCUGCAGUAAAAGAUUUGGACGCAAGAGUAUUCUGAUCACACACAUGAGAAUUCAUACAGGAGAGAAACCAUUUGGCUGUUCGGAGUGUGGUAAAACAUUUGGAAAAAAUGGAAGUCUGAUAACACACAUGAGAGUGCAUACAGGAGAGAAACCUUUUGGCUGUGCUGAGUGUGGUAAAACAUUUGGACAUAACAGCGAUUUGAACAAACAUAUGAGAAUUCAUACGGGACAGAAACCAUUUGGCUGUCCUGAGUGUGGUCAAAGAUUUGGACGAAAUGGAAAUCUGAUCACACACAUGAGAGUUCAUACCGGAGAAAAACCAUUUAGCUGUCCUGAGUGUGAUAAAAGAUUUGGACAGAAGGGCCAUCUAAUCACACAUAUAAGAGUUCACAAAGGAGAGAAACCAUAUGCCUGUUCUGAGUGUAGUAAAAGAUUUGGAGGAAGGAGCCAUCUUGUCACACACAUGCGAAUUCAUACAGGAGAGAAACCAUUUCACUGUUCUGAGUGUGGUAAAAGAUUUGGACAGAAGGGCAAUCUGAUGACACACAUGAGAAUGCAUAAAGGACAGAAACCAUUUCGCUGUUCUGAGUGUGGUAAAACAUUUGGUCAUAAGUGCAGUUUGAUAAUACACACGAGAAUUCAUGCAGGAGAGAAAAUUAAUAAAUAGUAAACCAUCUGCUAUUCAUGGAUGACAUUAAGUCUUUGCAGAUUCAGAUCCGGGACUCAGUGGAAACAGUCCAUAUGUUGGUUAUCCAAGGACAUCAGCAUGGGAAUUGGACUGAAUAAAUGAAUGCACAAUCAGAAAAUGUAGGAAAGUAACAGCAGAAAAUAUACACUUGGGUGAGGGGAGCUAUGUUGAUUUGGCUAAGGGCUCUGCAUAUAAAUACCUGGGAAUAAAAGAAUAUACUACAAUAGAACAUAAGAAAAUGUGAGAGAGUAACACAAGAAUACCUAAACCACUUAGAAACGAUGUACAGUGGGGUAAAAAG